CUGAACACAGAACAGCCAAAUCGUCAGACGGACGCUCUGUCUCUCUGCUUCCUCCGCAAUUCCGGCAACCCUGCAAAAGGCUACGCUCUACAGCAUCCUCUCCAGCUGACGAAGAGCAUCGGGAAGGCGGGAUUAGGAGCCGCCAGGUUGGCGACUAGCCGGAGGGCCCCGUUUGGCGAGACGCGGCUGAGCGGCGGAAUCCCCGAAUUGUCUCCUGGAUUGCAAGCGCUUAGGGAGUUGGACAGGAAGCAACCCGGCAUUGCCAUUGGACGGCUCUGUGAGAAAUGCGAUGGGAAAUGUGUGAUCUGCGACUCCUAUGUCCGCCCUUGCACGCUGGUGCGAGUUUGCGACGAGUGCAACUAUGGGUCGUUCCAGGGCCGUUGUGUUAUCUGUGGAGGAGUGGGCAUAUCUGAUGCCUACUACUGCAAAGAGUGCACGCAGCAGGAGAAAGACCGCGAUGGCUGUCCCAAGAUCGUGAAUCUGGGCAGUGCGAAAACCGAUUUGUUCUAUGAACAUAAAUCUAUUGGGCUUUGGAAGAAAGAGGCUCGAAAAUGUAAAGAAAAACCAGUCAAACUCUGCCGACGCAACGCAAGUCGCGACUGGCCUCCUUUCUGCUUCGAGGAAGGCUCUGCCUCUGCUUCCUUUCCAAAGCCGGCGACCUGCAAAAGGCUCCAGCGCCUUCUUCUCCCGACGAAGACACCGGAGAAAGCACUUCCGAGAGUCAUGAAGCUUUCAUUCUCAAUCUCUGCAAAAUCUUCUUCCAAACCUACAACUAAACCGAUACUUGCUUCAAAAGACGAAGAAAGUGAACAGAGACAGAAAGAGUAUGUGACAGAGUUCGAUCCCUCGAAGUCUAAUGCUACACUAAAUAAACCUAAAUUCAUUAUUCCUCCAAAGGAGAAUGAAUGGCGGCCUCACAAGAGAAUGAAGAACAUCCACAGCCUUGCUUCUCUUCAAUCUGAUACCUCAGCUAAUGACGUCCGCUUUGAGGUUGCUGUUGAUGGCGUGGAUGAUGGCAGUGGUGGCAAUGUAUCCUAUGGGCUUAAUGUUCGACAGAAUGAAAAUGGAGACUCUUCUACUAAAGAUGGUAUUGGUGGUUUCUCAUCUGAAAAUUCCAGCACCGAGAAUAUGCUUUUGGAGAAGUUGAAGUAUGAUUUACAACAUCUUCCUGAUGACGAAGGGUUCAAGGAGUUUGAGGAUGUUCCGGUAGAGGGUUUUGGUGCAGCCUUACUGGCUGGUUAUGGAUGGACAGAAGGAAGGGGUAUUGGGAAGAAUGCCAAGGGAGAUGUUGAAGUCAAGCAAUAUUUCAAGAGAACAGAUAAGCAAGGACUAGGGUUUAUGUCCCAUGAAUCUGAAAUGAGUAGUGACAAGAACAAGCAGAAGGAGAAAGGUAGAGAAAUAGAUAAUGAAAAGGACAGAGAUGGCAAGGCUGAUGGGUUUGCUGUAGGUAAAGUUGUGAGGGUGGUUGCUGGUUCAAGGGGGGAUGCUGUAGGUUCCAAGGGUACUGUUGUUGAGAAACUAAGUACUGAGUGGCUAGUUCUGAAGCUUGCAAAAACCAGGGAGGAACUAAGGGUACAUGCUUCAGAUGUUGCAGCCUUAGGAUCAGUGGAAGAAGAGAAGUGCUUGAAGAAACUGAAAGAGUUAAGAAUUAGAAGUGAAAAGCAGUCAUCAAACAGCGGGAAGAGUGGAAACCGCAGGAGCGGAGCAAGUGAAAGGACAAGAGACUAUGAUAGAAUAAAACCUGACAAAGAAAGGGGGACCCCAUGGCUAAACAAUCACAUUAGGGUGAGGAUCAUAAGUAAGGACAUGAAAGGCGGUAGAUUGUACUUAAAGAAAGGGGAAGUGGUGGAUGUGGUAGGACCAUAUAUCUGCGACAUCACCAUGGAUGGAAGCAGAGAGCUGGUACAGGGAGUUGAUCAGGAUCUUCUUGAGACUGCAUUGCCAAGGAGUGGGGGUCCUGUCCUUGUUCUGUAUGGAAAACAUAAGGGAGUGUAUGGGAAGUUGGUGAAAAGGGAUUUAGAAGAGGAAUCCGGGGUUGUGCAAGAUUCAGAUACCCAUGAGUUCCUCAAAGUUAAACUUGAGCAAAUAGCAGAGUAUAUUGGCGAUCCAAGUGAAAUUGGGUAUUAA